GUCGUCGCGAAUGGAUCCGCUAAACCGGAUGACAUCACGCUGACCCACUCUCCGCGUCUGCCAUCCGAUUCGAAACUCGGUUAGUAUGCCUGCCGUUGAAGAUCCGUACUCGCCGACGUCCGCCAGCGCCGCUGUUCUUCCAUCUUCACUUCUUCAGUUCGUUUUCUUCGCCUGAAAGGAGAAACGGUGAGCGUCGCGUACGUCAAGAGAGAGAGCGAGCGCCUUCGGUCGCGGUUUACGCGCUAAUUUUUAUUUUCCGACGAACGGGAAAACUUGAGCUUUGAGGAUAUUUUGUGCACACGGAGUUGGACGUGAAGAAGAUAUUUCGAAGCUUUGUUGCGUUAUAUGAUAAGAUGAUCGUGAGAUGGCAGCUAAUCUUCGGAUUGAUACUAGCAUUAUCAUGUCAAUCGUGGACUAGAAAAGUUACAGAUUCCAGUUUGGAAUUUCCUUCAAAAUGCCCGAUGCUAACAGAAUGUCCGAUGAGAGCAGAACCCUGUGACGAUGAUGACGACUGUUCUGCCGAUGCCAUUUGCUGUACUAGUCCUUGUGGAAAAAUAUGCACCAAACAGCUAUUUACAGGUUGUCAAACCUUACGUAUGGCAGCAGCCAGAAGAGCCAAGGCCUUCCUAGACGACGAGAAGACGAAGAAGGUUAGAAUGCCUCGUUGCAGUAAAACUGGCAGCUUCGAGCCUGUGCAAUGCGACAACGAGAUAGCUUCGACCUGCUGGUGUGUUGACGAAGCAGGCUUCGAGAAACCUGGAACUAGAGCACCGGCAGCGGCGCUUGUCAACUGUACAGCUCCCAAACCAUGUGCAGACCAUACAUGUAGAAUGUUCUGUCCGUACGGAUUUUCAGUUGACAAAGAAGGUUGUCCACUUUGUAAAUGCAGAGACCCCUGUGAUGACGUACACUGUCCAGGGACGUUGCAGUGCCAUUUGGAAGAAUUGGCUUGCGCUGAUCCGCCUUGCCCCCCUGUUCCUACAUGCAAAAAGGGGCGAAGCCUAGACAAUGUUUGCCCAAUAGGAGAGCCACUUAGAAUAAGCGAUACCGUAAGACCCUUUUUAUGUGGGAAUGAGCACAGUAAGCCUCAGUGUCCGCCACUUUACCAAUGCUUAGUUCAGAAAGGGAACGAUUAUGGAGUUUGUUGUCCAGCAUCCUUGAAAAUCCAAAAGACAGGGACUUGUCCAGCAAAACUGGAUCCAGCUGCACCUUGUGGUACUAUGUGCUCUCAUGACCUAGAAUGUCCUUCUAUUCAGAAGUGCUGUCAUACUGAAGACUGUGGAAUGAGCUGUAUUCAUCCAGAGAACAUAACAGAGUGUUUCCAUCAAAAAGCUUUAUCUGAAGUCCUAGCAGUAAGUGAAAGAGCUGGAAGGGGAUACGUCCCGCAAUGUACUGGAGAUGGUCAAUUUGAACCUAAACAAUGUAGCAGAAACGGUCUGGUUUGUUGGUGCGUGGACAGGUUGGGAAGGAAACUUAAAGGCUCAAUGGGAGCCGCGGAGAACGUCAAUUGUUCCAUGGUUGAAUCUCGGUUUGUAACCGUUGCGAGAUCCAUAGACAAAAAUACGAUAAACUGUGAAGAAAUGGAAUGUGCCCAAGUCUGUGAAUAUGGCUUCAAGCUUGACGAAAACGGAUGCCACACAUGCAAGUGUGACGACCCUUGUGAUGGAUACAAAUGUCCUGAAGACGAAGAAUGUGUGAACGUCAAGGAGGCCAGCUGCACUGACUUUUUGUGUCCUUCACUUCCGGUCUGUCGUCCUAAAGCGGUAUAUGCUAACCCAUGCACUAGCGGUACGCCUCUGACCGACGAUUUACGCGGUGCUCCAGUGGCGUGCGCUCAUACGUCUGCCCAGGGUGUCGUCUGUCCGGCAAAUUACGAAUGUACUGCUGUGGCUGGAUCAACACAGGCGGUUUGCUGUCCAACGGAACCCGGCCAAACAGGAGAUCAGGAAGUAGAGGAGAGUGAGGAUUAUCCAGCUGAAGCAGAACAGAACAGGCAGCAGACUAUGUGCGAAUACCUUCACGAUUUCUCCGAAAGCAUGGAAGGGACGAGAGACGGAAUGAAACUUGCUUUGCCUACUCCUAACUGUGACGAAAGCGGCAACUACCUAGCUCAGCAGUGCAAUCAAGGUUACUGCUGGUGCGUUGACAACUUUGGAACGGAAAUUCCAAACACCAGAGCAGAAGGGUCAGCCAAAACAAACUGCACAGAACUGAGAGAAUCCAUGGACUGUUUAGACCUGACAUGCCGCAUGGGUUGUGAAUAUGGAUUUGUACUAAAUCAAGAUACUGGAUGCCCCAGCUGUCAAUGCAGAGAUCCAUGCAGCAGUGUCACCUGUAAGGAGAACGAGCAAUGUCAGUUGGUUGAAGUGAGCUGUCGAGAUCAUUACUGUCCACCUGUACCUGCGUGUUUGCCAAAGAAGGUGGGUCAAUGCCCAUAUUUAAUUCCUGCUUCAAGUACCACGUGCACUUUCCAAUGUAGUUCAGAUCUCGCUUGCAACGGAACCAUGAGAUGCUGCAGCAACGGAUGUGGGACUCAGUGUACAGAACCACUACUUCUAACAGGUUGCCAGCAUUCCAGGCUGCUUGCUGAGCAUCACGCCAGAGAAGCAGGUAUACCAGUGUCCAAGGCUUACAUACCUCAAUGCACUGAAGAUGGAUCCUGGAACUCGAAACAGUGUGACAGCAUGGAGUGCUGGUGUGUGGACGAAAAAGGCGUAGAGAUAUCAAAGAGCAGAACAAAAGACAGAGGAGUUGAUUGUGAAAGUUUGGCAGAAGAAAAAGUUACUGAAUGUGAGCAGCUUCAGUGUGAGGAAGAGUGUGAACAUGGGGUGGAACUAGAUGAAAAUGGAUGUCGAACAUGCAACUGUGUGGAUCCCUGUUCUAAAAUCACAUGCCGCGGUGAGGGUGAAGCUUGUAGAACGGUCGCUAUAGAAUGCAUUUCUGGUGACUGUCCUUCUGUGCCUGUAUGUCUUCCGCAAAAGGACAAUCCAUGUCAGAAUGGAAAUCCGUUGCUUGGACCAUCAGGAGAAGAGGUGAUCUGUGGACCAGGUCAAGAAAGUUGCCCAUCCAGUCAUAAAUGUCAAUUGAGUCCAGUAGGAGAGUAUGCAGUUUGCUGCCCAAAACCCAGAGACGUUUGCUUCGAACCCCUUGAUAAAGGAGAACCAUGUGAGGACGAUGAAGUAGAAAGCAGGAACCUCACACGGUACCAUUUCAACCCAAGUACUAACAAAUGCGAAACUUUCAUUUACACUGGGUGUGGAGGAAACCAUAACAACUUCCAUACAGAGGGACUGUGUAAUGGAGUAUGUCCCGUGUUAAGCCAAUGUGAGCGGCUUCGAGAAAAAAACCAACGCACUUCUCAACGACUAAAGAAACCAGCCUUCCUCCCGCGAUGUGACAUUGAGACUGGUAACUGGUUACCGAUACAGUGUUUGGAGCAUGUAGGUGUCUGUUGGUGCGUAAACCCGAAGGGUGAGCCUCUCAAAGGCACGCUGAUUCGAGGCAAAGAGCCGGAGUGUAGUUUCAGGAAGGCUAGGGGUAGAAGCAGAGAUGGACUGGGUCUUCACGAGGUUUCGGGCUCUGGAGAGGUUCAAGAUCUAGUUUUGGAAGAGCUCAUGCAACAACUGAGCACAUAUAGUGAAGAAGAGGUCGAUAAAAAUGUGGACUCUGAUCAAGUAGCCAACUUCGAAGUACCGUCGAAGAGUAGAUGUGAGGCACUUGGAGGUCAGUGUGACUCUGACGGAAAGUUCUUGCCGUUGCAGUGCGAAAAGGAUAUUUGUUGGUGUGUCAACGAAGCUGGAAACCAGAUUCCAAAUACAAAUACGUUUGUUAUAGGAGAAAAGACAUGCGUAUUUACACCGAUUGAAGCAGCGGAAGUGACGUUAGGCUUCAAGGGACAGUUCGAUGACGUCAUGGCAGAAAAGAUUGUCAGCCAGAUGACGAAAAUUAUCAACAACCUACAGGGUAACAUCAACAGUGAGGGAUUGGAAAUAGAUGUGAAUCCUGAGGAAUUAUAUGUUAAGUUCUCGCUUAUUGGCAGCAAUAAGGUUGAUGUUGGAUAUAAAAUCGAACAAAUGAUUAUGAAUCGUCUGCUACCUCCAGGUUUCUCCCCAGACAUCAGCAGAUCCCGGGUGACAUUCAGACAAAACAAAGAGGACAAAGAUCGCCUGCAGGAUAAUGUGUUAGCCUUGGAGCAUAGAGAAAUAGUAUCACAGUCGCCGGUGUCUGUGGUAGCACCAUACCAUACCGCCUUAAUAGUCAUUGCUGCUGCUUCGGCAUUUGUCAUUUGUGUUUUGACACUUCUAAUGGUGCUUUACAGGAGAAAGAUGAACAGUCUAGCUGCUCAGAAGGCCAUAGAGGAGGAUCGAUAUUUAGCUGCAAACAGCCACAGACCUAUUUACAUCGAACUGCCAAGUGAAAAAUCAAACAGUGACAACAGCGAUGAUAAAAAAUCAAAAUGUACAUGAACGACAGAGAUUUUUAAAUCUGUUUAUCUGGAAAAAUUGAACUAAUAUUGCCCCAGCGGAAAAUAAACACUACCGACUACGUGAUGAAACGGCACUAUCAGCAGCGUUCGUGUACGCUUGAAUUAGCUAACAGACUGGAAAAAAUUGUACCACUGAACUAUGAAAUCACACUACCGUAGUUAAUGCUUAGUCCUCAAAUUGUUAUUGUUUAAAAAUUUUGAUUGUCAUUUGAUGUUAUAUAAUCUUUGGCUCGAGGUGCUCGAUGAAGUGAAAUAAAAUGGUGGAGUCAACUAGAAAAAUUUGCAUAAUAAAUUGCUUAGUUGUGUAUCAGUAGUGGUGUCAAUGCAAACAUCUAAUUGGCUGGGUUCAUUUUCAAAAUUUUUAAGUACGUGCAAUAGAAGAACUUACUUACGUAUGGCCACUUGACUUUAUUCGAAUGCUCAAAAUUGUUUGUAUCAAUAAACAUUAGACGUUAUCAUUGACUCUUAACAUGGCUGUGCCUUCUACGUUGAUUGAUGAUACUUUCCCUGGGGCAAUUUUGUUUGUAUACUAAUAAUGGUAUGCGUGAUAUAUAGAUUAUAUAUUUAUUAUAAAGAAUCAACCCCUCCCCUCUUCAAAAUCUAUGUAUAUAGCAAUGCCGGAAAAAUAUUCAUUCAGUUGAUUUUCAAACUAUUCAUGUUCACCCUAUGUACUUUGUUAUAUUAAAUGAGGUUACUUACGUAUACUGCUUGGAGAAUUAUAGUAUUUUAUGUACAGUUUGUUUAAUGGAGACCAGUAUAGAUAUUUAAGUAUGUUAUUUAUUAGAAGUAUUUGUAAAUAAAACAAAUAUGGGAGUAAAA